AUGGGAAAGAAUAAGAAACGAGUCUGUUAUCACUGUGGUCUGCCCAAUCAUCGUGCCAAGGAUUGUCCACAAGCGACAUGUCGUCUAUGUGGUGAAACGGGACACGAUGUGGGAGCUUGUCCACAGAAGCCUCUUGACCCCGUCGAUUUGGGCUCGUUUCUUAUUCCUCCAGCAAGUCAUUCCAAUGAUAAUAACGAGCGCAACUUUACCUACAUUGAACUCUUUGCGGGCAUUGGUGGUUUUCGAAUCGCCUUGGAUCGAUUGGGUGGUCAGUGUGUCUUCAGCAGUGAAGUGGAUCGAUUUGCUCGCGCUUCGUAUGAGAAAAACCACGGCGAUCGACCAGCCGGAGACAUUACGAGGAUUCCCGAACAAGACAUCCCAUCCCAUGACAUGCUAGUGGGUGGAUUCCCUUGUCAAAGUUUUAGUUUUUCAGGAGAACGAAAAGGAUUUGAUGAUCAUCGUGGCGUCCUCUUUUUGGAGAUUGUACGAAUUCUGAAGAAACAUCAGCCCAGGGUGAUUCUGCUGGAAAACGUCCGUGGACUAUUGACUCAUGAGGAUGGCAAAACCUUGCAAGUGAUUAUCUCUCAUCUUGAUCAAGUUGGCUACAAUGUCAAGCAUAAGCUACUGGAUGCUGUCUACCUGGUACCUCAGGAACGAAAACGAAUCUACAUGGUCGGCAUUCGAAAGGAUUUGGUGACUGCCACUGAUGCAUCAUCCGAUUACGAGUUUCCAGACAUUCCAAAUCUCAAGCGUGGCUUUCAGGAUAUACUGCAAACGAAUAUGGAACCAAGUAUGCUUGAAAAUUUACGACUCUCGGACCACCAAUUGCAAAAAGUCCGCAAUCAAAAGUACACGCAACAAUUUCCAGAAGCUCGUUUCUUAUCCGACUUUUUGCGGCCAACAAAGACACUACAGUCCAGUUAUGCAAGCUACAUGGUAGGAUCUCAAUUUAUCAAACUUUCGUUGGAGGAUAAUGAUUCUUGUUGGCGGAAACUGUCACCACGAGAGGCGGCACGAUUGCAAGGAUUUCCAGAUUCCUUUGAGUUGUGUCCAAGCCGUCCGUAUCAUUUGCUGGGGAAUGCAGUGGUACCGAGUAUGAUUAGUCUCAUUGCGGCAGGCCUUUUGCCGUUUUUGGAUGAUACAAUGAUGAAAACAAAAGAAUCCACAGCUACUAUAGGCUGGAGAAUAGCCUCCGAAUUACUUUUGGAAGCUUGCCCUGAGGACCGCAAAAGUGCACUUCGACUUUUGUUGGACGAAAGAGGGCAUGAUAUGAUUAAUAUCUGA